GGUUGCUUCCGGGUCUUGGGCUUUGGCGCAAGGGUUUCUGGGAGUCGCGAGUGGUCAUGGUGUCUGUGUGAGCUGCGGAGGUCGCUGCGUGGGACCUCGGCCAACUGUAAAAGAUGACGACAGCAGCUAGGCCAACUUUUGAACCUGCAAGAGGCGGAAGAGGAAAAGGAGAAGGUGAUUUGAGCCAACUCUCAAAGCAGUAUUCAAGUAGAGACCUGCCUUCUCAUACAAAGAUCAAAUACAGACAGACCACUCAGGAUGCCCCUGAAGAAGUUCGGAACCGUGACUUCAGGAGGGAGCUCGAGGAGAGAGAGAGAGCUGCUGCAAGAGAAAAAAAUAGGGAUCGUCCAACUCGAGAGCAUACAACCUCCUCUUCAGUGUCCAAGAAGCCUCGGUUAGACCAGAUCCCUGCCGCCAACCUUGAUGCGGAUGACCCUCUAACAGACGAAGAAGAUGAAGAUGAAGAUUUUGAAGAGGAGAGUGAUGAUGAUGAUACUGCAGCUCUACUUGCAGAACUGGAAAAAAUUAAAAAAGAAAGAGCUGAAGAGCAGGCCAGGAAGGAACAAGAACAGAAAGCUGAAGAAGAAAGAAUUCGUAUGGAAAACAUUCUGAGUGGAAACCCUCUCCUUAACCUUACAGGCCCAUCCCAGCCUCAGGCCAAUUUCAAAGUUAAAAGAAGGUGGGAUGAUGAUGUUGUUUUCAAGAACUGUGCAAAAGGUGUAGAUGAUCAGAAGAAAGACAAAAGAUUUGUAAAUGAUACACUGCGAUCAGAAUUUCACAAAAAGUUCAUGGAGAAAUAUAUUAAAUAGUACAGUUUUAUGUGCUUAACUAGAGACUGUAGAAUGUACUCGAUCAUUCUGACUUUAUUUUGGUGGUGUUUUUUUUUCUUUUUCUCUUUUCCCCCAUCUAAGUUUUGUAUAGGCUUUCCUAAUUUUAAGCUCCAAAAUACCUUUUCCUUUAUUGAUACCUUAUUUGAUAAGGACUUGGGAAUUGGUUUAACCCAGUUUCUGGUCUCUGAAUUUUUUCAUUCAUGUUUUCUUUUUAAUACAGGAAAGGGAAUCUGCCUGGAAUAAAUAUUUUUAAUAAUCUAAAUAACCGUAUCUGUCCCCAGCUUUUUUGUUGAAAUGUAUGCUGCUUAUGACACAUUGCCCAUUUUCUUUGUGUAUUAUAUUUCCUUGUGCAUUACCUUCUCUCCCUAUUUCUCUGACAUUGGCUUAAGGUUAGUUAAUUUGUGAUAUCUUCUCCAGGUUUUCUAAGAUUAUGAUGAACGAUGGAAGGGAUCCCAUUUUGAAUCACAUGUUGGUAUGGAAAUGUCAUCAACCACCAAGCUGCUUCAGUGGGUGCCCAAGGAUGGGAUGGGUACGUCACUUGUGCAGGCGUUUCUUUCUUUUCUGUUGGCGCAAGACAGGCGCUCCUUAAGCAUGCCUACGAAGCAUGUGAUACUUGUAUUCUGAAUACUCAGCUGCCAUGUUUCUCUUGAAUGAAGUAGAGUUCACACAUUGAUAAGCUUUAGCUACAAAGGCUAGGAAAGAUUAAUAUCCAAUGAUACAUGUAAUAAAACCUUUGGAAAUAGGA